AAGCGGCAUUUCACACGAGCCUAGCAUAACCUACUGCUGAGUCCUCUGCUCCCCAGCUGCGUCGCAUCGGAUUUCACUUCCUGUUCCGCAGGUAUCGACACACCUGCUGAGGACAUUGGACGUCAUUUGCUUUCGUGAAAUUUCGCGUAAAAUAUUGAUAUCGUAUCCAGUUCAUAAAGUCACUUUUGUUGGAAAUAAAGAGAAUAGUUUUUAGAGCGAGAGUUAAUCAAGUGAAGAAAUACUUCAGGAAACUCAAUUGAACAGAGUACUGAAAGCCGAGAGGGGAGAUUAUUUUACCAGAUGAUGAUGAGGAUGCCUCCCUAUUGGAUCUCUGUGUUAGUCAUCACCAUAUCACUGCUACAAACACUACUGCUGGCCCAGAACCCCGGAGAACAAUGCUUUACCAAGUUUUCGAAAGGAAAGGAAGACUUCGUUUUAGAAACGGAUGAGUCUGUGAAGUUUGGCGCCCAGUUCAUCGGAUCUCCGCAGAUCACCGGAGCUAAAGAGUGUGUGUCUGCGUGCUGCAAAGACCCCAGCUGUAACCUGGCCUUAAUGGAAGACGGAGCUCAGGAGGGGACCAUCAAGUCCUGCUUCCUCUUCAACUGUUUGUAUAAGCAGAAGAAAGUGUGCCGCUUUGUCCGAAAGGAGGGUUUCAGCACCUACGUACUGACCUCUGUUUUUGGCAACUACCUGGAGGAGUAUGAUAAGAAGGAUCACUCUCCUAGGGCAAUAGCAGGACAGGAUAGAGUGGUGCAGCCUCAUGAUAUUGUGAUGCUCAAUGGCCUUGAGAGCAGGGAUGACCAUGAAAUUGUUCAAUUCCAGUGGACGCAGGUGUCUGGAAUCCCCACAGCUGUCAUGGAGAAAACCAAUUUUAAAGAUGAAGUGAGGGUGUCCAACCUGUCUGCUGGAGUGUAUAAGUUCAGGUUGACUGUCACAGACGAUGCUGGCCAGUCUGACUCCGCAGAGGUCACUGUCUUGGUCCUCACACCUGAGCAGUCACACCACCACUGUCUGGUGCCUAAGAAGGUAGGACCAUGCCGUGGUUCCUUCCCUCGUUGGCACUACAGUGCAUUGUCCGAGAAGUGUGAGAAGUUCACCUUUGGUGGCUGCAAUCCAAACCGCAAUAACUACCUGUCUAGGGAGGAAUGCGUGCAAGCCUGUGAUCAAGUUUCAAUUCAUACGUUUCCCUCAUCAGGGAGACAUGGUCCAGUUGAACUUCCGAGUGAGGAGUGUGGCGUGUCAUGUGGACCAGAGAAGUUUAUCUGCGCUAAUGGAUGUUGCUUAGACAAAGCACUCGAAUGUGAUCAGGCGAAACAAUGUAGCGAUGGCUCAGAUGAAGAUCAGUGUGCUAAUAUGGACUCAAAGUUUCGCAGAUUGCUUGACAUAAAUGACAGUUCAAUGAAGGACAAUGCCAAGGCAGCCAGCUACUGCACACAACCUCCUAUCACAGGACCCUGCCGAAACAACAAUGCCAAGUGGUAUUACAACCCAUAUGAGAUGAAAUGCAUUCCCUUCAACUAUGGUGGCUGCAAUGGCAACAAUAACCAAUUUGAUUCUGAGCAGGAAUGCAUGGACUUGUGCAGAAAAGUGACUGAUAAAGAUGCUUUCGAAAGACAGACAAACUUUGAGAAGCAGGUAGAAGACGGUCAAUCAGUUUCCAUUGCCAUUGCUGUUGCACUGGGCUUGGCCAUCCUGAUAUUGCUGUCUGUGCUCGGUUACUGCGUCCUGAAGGAGAAGAAGGGGUCACAGCCAAGGCACCAGCACGUUUCUGCUAACGGUGCACACCUACUUCCUGUAGAGGACACAGAUAAACUUGUCUACAAUAGCACCACCAAACCCAUCUGAUACCCACCUUCUCUGUCAGUCUACUGCAGUGCUUCUGGAUUCCAACACUGUAUGUUUUUUCUGCUGUAAAACACCCAAAUCUGCUCAUUAAGGGUUUGAUGAUUAGUUGAUGAUCUGGGUAACGUGUAAUGCUACAUUCAUAAUUACCAAAAUAUGGGAAUUACUGUAAAUAACACCUUGAAAAGAUUUUCUGAUCGACCUCUGUGUAGGAAUUAUGUUGGAAUUUUUGUAGCUCCCCGACAGCUCCGAUUUCUUUAACCAAACCUGGUAGGGAGGCAACUGCCUAAUAAUAAGCAUGCUAUUUCUCCUUGAAAAUAAGUUUUUAAAAAGUUUUUAAAUAAGAGUUUUACUUGAGAAUGGAUUAUGGUGUAUUUCCAUACUAUUCAAUUCUACUGAAGAUUAAAAAGAAAGGCAAUAAUAUUUUACAUGAGCACAGAUUAAUGCUAGCUAAUAUUGGAUAAGAACUACCACUGCCCUUUCAUUUACUAGAUAAAUAUGGCAAUGUGUAAACACUUUCAAGUCAGGAUAACAGGACGUUUUCCCAUCCCCCUGAUUUUUCUCACAUGAAGCGAAUGCUGAGAAAAUAACAAACUGUGCAAAACAUGGUGACCCCGAGACUGGAAUUAAGAACUACUGCUCGACACCAUUUCUGGAAACACUCUGUUUAGCGUUAUCCCUGUUCUAACACAGCAGAAUCAGAUUGUCCGCUAAUCACUGAGCCCUUCAGCAAAUGAAUCAGACAAACUAGGGAGACGUGAGUGCGUAAGGCAGGACUGAGACUGGGACCGCUCCUCUGAACUCGUACACCAGUAAGAUACUCUUGCGAAAGCUUGUGGAUGAUUUUAAAUGACUUCUUGGGAUUUAAAAAAAAAAAAAAAAGUUUAUUUUAUUAACCAGUCACUUGGUUUGAGCAAGGAACAUCUUGUGAUUGUACCAAGGUAAGGUGAUUGUACCAACCUUCACUAUUAAUUUUUUUGUGUGUGAACUAUAUUCUGUACAUUAAAACUAAAAUUGUGUUGAUUUUAUUAUAUGUACUGCAUUAUAUUGUUUUUUAAUCAGCAUCUCUGUACUCAGGGUUUAAUGUUCAUUUAAAUGUUCAGGUCUGCUUUCACAUGAGAAAGUUUUCCAAAAGGUUUAUAUUCCACAAGAUUUGGCCUGGCAAACUGUUCCAGUGUGUUUUUGAGGAGGAUUUAAAAUGUAGUUGAUUGACCACAUGAUAACAUUUUGUUAUUUUUUGCAAUUUUUAGAUUUGGUUUAUCAUGGUGACUUGUACAUAUUGCAAUAUAUAUUCUAAGUUAACAGAAAAUGAUUUAAGAAAAAUUUACUUUUAAGUCAUUCUAAUAUAGCAGAUUGUGAUAGUUUAAGCUAAAACAAUCAUGUGAACUUCUUACUCGCUUCUAGUUGUACAUAAAUAUAACAUUUUGAAAGUUUCUUCAUCUGUUUUUAAAGAUUCAAUAAAAUAUAUAAUGUA